AGUAAAAUGCCAAGCUGUAACAGAGGCUCAAAUCUCUUUAAAAAAUCAUAUAAUUUUCUUAUUGACUCAACGCCGGAACAAAAUAUCAACCCUGAACAUACAACAACUUCUUUAAAAAGCCUAGUUGAAUCUCCUAAAUCUUCUAGAAAUGCUUCAAAUGAAAUCAAAAAACAUCCAAUUAGGAAAUUGCGUAACAAAAAGAAAUUCUUUACUUCAUUGAUAAUGGACGACACCGAUGACGAAAUCAUAAAUAAAACGGCACAAAGAAAAAAAACUAGAAAGCCUAGACAAACUAAAUCACGCUACAAACAAGUCUGUAAAGUAACGCCCACAGUAGAUUUGACCAAAAUAGAAAACAUGGAGUCUAUAAAGCAGAAUAUUAUUGUAAAUACAAUACACAAAGAUGAGAUACCAAAAAAGUGUUCACCACUUAUCACUACUCAAGACUGUGCAGAAGUAUUGAAACAGGUUGCCGAUAUUUAUGAUGUUGGUGAUACCACAUAUGCGAAGCCUUGUCAAUCCUAUCGUAAUUUUAAAACUCAGCCAAAUCCCGUUUCACAAAUAACUAAUGGGAAAGGCAGUACGAAAGCCAGAAACCGCAAGAAAAAAGUGGACAAAAUUGAUAGUGAGUCGAGUGUUGAGAAAAUAAGAAAACUAACAAAUAGUUAUGCUGGGGAAAAUAAAGAAAAUAUUAAUCCUCAAAAUCUUGCUACAGAUUCUAAAAUUCCGCUAUUAGCAAAACCCAAAAGUAUUAUAUCACCACAUCUCUUCGAAACACAGUGUAGUGAUGAAACGCCUCCAACCAAAAAAUUAACAUCAACCACAAAAUCUGAUCAAAAUUUAGGCGUUGCAGACAAAAUAGAUGAAAUUGACUUAACACUAGAUGAACAAAUCCAAAAUAAUGACAUUAAUAAUGAAAAUGUAUCGAGUUGUGACUCUAUAGAAUGCGAAGAAGUUCGUGGUAUAAACGAAAAUUCUAUAAAGGAUUUAACAUAUAUUUGUACACCUACCAAAUCUAUACUGUACAAUAGCAGUGAAGUGAAUACACCUAGACCAAGUUGUAUGAAUAUAUCGGAUUUAAAUGAUUCAGACAUGGAAAUAACACAAGUUGCUAAUAAUCAUAAUUUUAUAAUGGACCGGCUAACUGAAAACAAUCAUCAUGAACAAAAUGUUAUACAACAAACUAAUGAUUUGGAUAUGGAUGUAACACAUAUUUUUAAUGCUAAUCAAAAUAAUAUAAUGGAUCGAAAAAAGGCAGCUAAUCAACAAACAGAUUAUGAAAAUAUGGACGUACUAAUUUAUCUAGAACAAAUUUUAAAUGAUUUUGAAUAUAAUUCAGAUGACACAUUUGAUUCGAAUCAUAAAACACAAACUAAUGUCAAUAUAAUGGCUAAACGGGCGAUUACUAAUGGCUCUGCAGAUCGUGAUUAUUAUAGGGAUUGUGUUAUUUUUCAAAAACGUAUAGAUGAGGCUGAAGACUCUGUUAGCUCUGAAAAUGAUGGUAAUUUCAAUGAAUCUACUCAAUGCCAAAAGAAUUCUAAAAGAAAUUCUAAUCACAAUUUCGCAUACACCGGCUUGCAAAACAAGCCGUUAUAUUUAAAUCAGAAUUUAUGCAAGCAAAAUGCUACAUGGACUACAUCAGAUAAAACAAAUAACAUUUCAACGAAUCUAACUACAACAAUGACUACCAAAUGCCAAGUAACACCCACAGCAAUCAUUAUGCAUCAAAUUCAAGUUAGUGCCAAAAAAUCCGUUAUACCUAGAAACAAAAAACCAAGGAAGACUAUAAAAGCCAACAAAAGUUUAAAUGGCUACUUUCAAAUGAAUUCCAAUAAGGAAUUAAUCAAAUUGCAAAAAGAAGCUGUAGAGUUGCAAAAUUCAAAUAACUCCCACGAAAGAUCUUCAGCUAAUUUAUUGGCAUUAAAAGACCAUAAAGCUUCAAGCUAUAAUACAAAAACCAAACCAACUAAUUUACCGAUUGCUUUGCAUCAUCAACUUUCAAAACUUAUGAAUGGAAAUGUCACAUUUAAUUCUACUAUAAAUGUUAAUAAUCUAUAUGAAACUCCGUCCACCAGUCCACCAACUCAAACGCACUAUAAUGAAGAUUAUGAAAAGAAUUCUGAGCAACGAUCAAGUCCAUACUCUUCAAAUACGACUGACGAUAGCAAUGACAUACUAUAUAAUUUUAUAAAACCGCCGUUAGAAAAUGCUGAAAAUUCGUUUAAAAGUGAUGUAUUACAAAUUCUCAAUGAUUUUAACACAAACAUGCAAUUACGUUUAAAUAAUGCUCACCACUUGUGUUUAAAAAAUGCAACGGCUCUAUAUAACCAAAAAAUUUGUGAAAUUGCACAAGGAGUAUUAAAAAAAUCCGAAGAACAAAGAAUCGAACUUGAUGAAAUUCGUUCCAAUAUUGGUCGAUUGGUACGGGAUUUAGAAGGGCAAUAUGAUAAAUUUAUAAAUAAAUCCAAGCAGUUUGAUGUUCACAAGGAAAUAACAGAACGUGUAUUGGAAAGCAUAACGAAUGCAGAUAUACCAAAUUUGAUAACAAAUGAUCAUGAGGAAUUAAUAAAACAGUUAAAUAUUGAACAAAAUAAAUUAGUUCAAAAAGUGUGGCAAACAUAUGUAGAAAAACAUAAAAAUUAGAUACUGCUAUUUAUAUUAUAUAAAAGAGUUAAUAUUUAUUUUA